ACCCGGCCCAUUGCCUUGCCCAGCAGAGGCGGCUCACUCCGAUCCUCAUCCUUCCUGUUAUUUUAGCUCUCAGUACCUAUUCGCUGAACGAUGCCAUCUAACAUGGACGAGGCUCGCUAUCGUUCUGCUCCGGCCGGACAACAUAGCACGACAUGACCAUAGCUGCGGCCGCCGCCGCUGCUAGGGCCAUCCGGCCGUCGUUCCUCAUCGUCCUGCUCGCCAUAGUCGCCAUGGCAGCGGCGUCCCUGCUCGCAGCGGCCUCGACGGAAGCAGCUGCCGCAGGUGGCGUCACGCUGCGCGUCGGCUCGCGCCAGGUGGUGGUGGACAACGGCGUGGUGCAGGUGGCGCUGUCGGCGCCGGAGGGCCGGAUCACCGGCGUCAGCUACGGCGGCGAGCCCAACCUCCUCGAUUACGACGCCGGCGUGGGAGACUACGGAGGCUACUGGGAUUCUGUUUGGAACUACCCCGGCUCUGGUCUGCCAGGACUGUACAAUACGUUGGAUGGUACAGAGUUCAACGUAGUAUCCUCAAGUGAAGAUCAAGUGGAGCUUUCUUUCAGGAGUACAUACAGCCCAUCACUUGAAAACAGCUUUCGCUUAAACAUCGACAAGAGGCUUGUAAUGCUCAGAGGUAGCUCUGGGUUCUACUGCUAUGCCAUCUUUGAGCAUGACGGCGACUACCCUGCUCUGAACAUCACCGAGGCUCGGCUCGUCUUCAAGCUUAACACGGGAAAGUUCAGUUACAUGGCUAUUACAGACGACAUACAGAGGUACAUGCCCAGUGCGGUCGACAGAGAUGAACCUCGUGCCGUCCCACUGGCAUACAAGGAGGCUGUGCUCCUGGUUGACCCCAAGGAGCCCCAGUUCAGAGGAGAGGUGGAUGACAAGUACCAGUACUCUCUGGACAACAAGGACAACAUUGUUCACGGAUGGAUCAGCGGCGGCGACCCAAACCCCAUGGGUUUCUGGGUCAUCACGCCCAGCAACGAGUUCAAGAGCGGUGGCCCUUUCAAGCGGGAACUCACUUCCCAUGUCGGCCCCACAUCCCUCACGAUGUUUUUUGGGACGCAUUACGUUGGUAAGAACAUGGUGUUCAAGAUCGACGACGGCGAGAGCUGGAAGAAAGUUCUAGGCCCGGUGUUCAUCUACCUCAACUCAAGCCCCAAGAGCAGCAACGACCUCCAGUCUCUCUGGGAGGACGCCAAAGCACAGGCACAAGCCGAGGCGAGGAACUGGCCCUACAGCUUCCUUGCAUCGCCGGACUUCCCAAAGGCACACGAGAGGGGAUCCAUUACAGGAAGGCUCCUCGUCAGAGACAGGUACCUGAGCAAGAAAGACAUGCCUGCUGCAAUGGCCUACAUCGGGCUCGCCUCGCCUGGGCAGCCCGGAUCCUGGGCCACAGAGAGCAAGGGCUACCAGUUCUGGACAAGCGCCACAUCCGAUGGCGCUUUCAGCAUCGACAAUGUCCGGGGAGGAGUGUACAAUCUGCACGCGUUUGUUCCCGGGGUUCUCGGAAACUACUGCUAUAAUUCACCUCUAACCAUAGCACCAGGUGGUUCCAUCAACGUCGGUGACCUAGUGUUCAAGCCGCCGAGGUCAGGCCCGACCCUGUGGGAGAUUGGCGUCCCGGACCGGACAGCUGCGGAGUUCUAUGUCCCUGACCCUGACCCCAAGUACAUCAACAAGGUCUUCGUCAGCAAAGACAGGUACAGGCAAUACGGGUUAUGGGAGAGAUACGACGCCUUGUACCCGGAGAAUGAUCUCGUCUUCACCGUUGGUAAAAGCGACGAAUCCAAGGACUGGUUCUUCGCGCAAGUUACAAGGAAGGUAGGUCAGGACACCGUGCCAACGACAUGGCAGGUACGGUUCAAUCUGGACCGGGUUGUAGAAGACGGCACCUACGCUCUGCGGAUCGCCUUGGCAGCUGCCGAAACGUGUAGAUUGCAGGUGCAAGUGAACGGGGGUGCGAGGGGAGGCGGCAACGUGUUUACGACGCCGGCGAUGGGGGAUGACAACGCGAUUGCACGCCAUGGGAUCCACGGACUUCAGUGGAGCUUCAAGUUUGAGAUCGCGGGGCACCUGCUGAUCCAAGGCGACAACACCAUUGACAUGAAACUCACUCAGACUGGAGCAGCAGCUCCGGCCAAGAUCGCCGGGGUCAUGUAUGAUUACAUCCGCUUAGAAGGGCCUUCCUCCGGAGGCAUUCCAACGUUGGCACCGCUUGACCGGGUUUGGAUGGGGAUUUUGUUUCUAUCUUUAGUGGCCUUCCUCGCCAUGCCAUGUCCAGUGAUCUAGCACGCAGUGGAAGCAACUAAUACGAAGAAGUUGCAUUGGAUCCACGUUUCCUGCUGUAACUUUGAUGCAUGUCAAAUAGGUAGUAUAUAGAAGGUGAUUACCCUUGCCCCUAUGGGCUGGUGGAAGUAGAUAGAGAAAGAGACAGAGCAAGAGAAAUAUUGAUUCAUUUUU